ACAUUGUAACAAACCGGGGCAGAAGAGAGGCCCAUAGGGUCCUCGGGCCGACAGAUACUACACAUCAUUUUUGUUUUUUUCUUUCCUUCGGGGUGGAAAUAUAACGUUGCGCUUUGUCUAAACAUAGCGCAGAACACAACCACCUAUCCAGAGGGGAAAAAAACCUGAAGUCUCGGCUCUAUUUGUUCUUUUUGAAUGCAGGCAUUUUAAAGCAUCACCUAAAGAUUUUAUCUGCACUUAUGGGAUGCAUCUGCGCCGGGAUUUGUAAUUUUCAAUGAAUAAGGUCCUUGUCUUCCUUCGUCUGCCCCGUUUUAAUUUUUACAGAGCUUGACUGCAACGUUGAAUGCUCGCAUAGCCUUCUUGAUACACAAAACCCCCAUUUGUAGUCUAUGUCAAGACUAAUAUCCAUUGUUUACGAUGCUUAAAUGUUCGGACAUCACUAUAUCUUCGUGAAUAAACUGCUAUUUCCUUAUUGGUCUGGCCAUUUCGAUGGGCUGAAGUCGCUUUUGUCUGUCAUCUUGUAACCUUGUGGAAGUCUAAAGCUGAAAUAGGUUCAAAAUCCCCAAAGAAAAGAACCAUCCAAAUAAAGGAAGCACGAAUCGAGCGACAGCUUCGCCGGUUUAAAGGCUCUCUAUUUCUGCCCAAGGCUCAGUGUUUCCAUGGAGACAGUGUCAUCUCGUGGCCUGAAGCGCAGAUUCGAGGAGGUGGACAGCGGCUCGCCGUGUUCCACACCCAAAGAUUCGGAUGAUGACAUCUCUGGCAGUGACAGCGCUGAUAGCUGUGACAGUCUCAAUGCUCCCUCCAGCUCUCUCACACCCCCCUCCAUUCUCAGAAGACACAAAGCAUCUUUAGGUCGUAAGCAGGUACGCUUUGAUGCGGUGACAGUCUAUUACUUCUCCAGAAGGCAGGGCUUCACCAGUGUGCCCAGUCAGGGUGGCAGCUCCCUAGGCAUGGCACGCCAUCACUGUGCUAUACGACAUUACACCCUUGGCGAGUUUGCACGAGAACAAGAGAGCAGCCACAAGCAUGUGCUGCGUCAACACCUACGGCAAGAAAAGCUCAAUGCUCGCAAGUUGAAGCUGACACGGAAUGGAACUGUGGAUUGUCCCGAAGCAGAGUUGCUUACCCUAGAUGACAUAUCCGAUGAGGAUCUGGACGUUGAGAGUGUAGAAGUGGACGAUUGCUUCUUCUUGCAGCCUCUUCCGACCAAGAGACGUCGGGCACUACUGAGGGCCUCAGGUAUUGCCCGCAUAGAUGCCAGAGAAAAGGCUGAGCUGCGUGCCAUACGUUUGUCCCGGGAGGAGUGUGGUUGUGACUGCCGCUUCUACUGCGACCCUCGGCACUGCGGCUGCAGCCAAGCUGGAAUUAAGUGCCAGGUGGAUCGGAUGUCCUUCCCAUGUGGCUGCACCCGUGACGGUUGUGGUAAUACAGCUGGCCGCAUUGAGUUCAACCCUCUUCGUGUGCGUACCCACUAUCUUCACACUAUCAUGAAACUUGACCUGGAAAAGAGAAGCCUGUUGGGUGUAAGGUCUGGAGAGGAUUGUGGGGAAGAGACAGAAUUAGUCUCUUCUCCAUCUCUGUCUCUUUCUCCCUUGGACUCAGAUGUGGAGGUGGAAAGCCAAAGCAUUCAGGAGUUGCAAGAGGAGCAGUGCGACAGCCUGGCGCAUGAGAACGAAACAGCUGUGCUUCACCUACAAAGUGCAGAGGAACGGGAAAGGAGACUGGAACAAGAGGAGCAGCAGGUCGAGGAGGCGCAGACCACUGACCCAACCCUUUGCCUCCUGCAGAGUGCCCUCACCAGCCAAGCUGGGAUGGAGGGUAUGGAAGGUGUUGAGGGAGUCCUUCUAGAAGGGCCUUUUCCUGAAGGUACCACCCUGCUGUGUAUUACAGAGAACCAUGCGGAUGAACAGACCGAGCAGAGGCUGCUCAAAGACCCUGCUUCUGUUCUCUAUUAUCAGGUAGGUCAUGUAGAGACAGCAGCCUUUGAGACACUUCCUGCGCAAGUAGAGGAGGUGGUGAGUGAAGGUGGGGAUCCAGAUACGGAGAGUGAUCGGCAAAAACAAGAAACCUGCGGGCAGGAUUCAGCCAAGAGCUUGUCUGUCGAAGUACCUCCACCUCUCAAGGAUGGGGGAGAAGAACAUCUUUGUCCAGAACAGGCCUCAAAUGAAGGGGAAUGCCUCGAGACAUGCCUGGCACUGGAUGAAAAGGCAGUACAACUUCCUCCAGAAGUGUAGAGCCCAUCACCUCUGCAGAAGUUUUGCACAAGUUAGUCAUUAAAUUCAAAGAGAGCCUACUCCACACAGUGCGAUAUGUUACAAGACUGCAUAAUGUUAUUAAAUGUUAAAGAAACAAGUUACCUUCAUGGGUUUGUAUCCAAUUUAGCUGGAGAUAAGCAUGUACUGUGUUUGAAGUAGGUUGUCCGUGGUAAAAUAAGUUAUUAAAAAGAAAAAAAAAAAUGAAUAAUUUAUUUAAAAAAAUGAAAAAAGAAACUCAAGAAAAGCAGAGAUCCUGAUCUGACAACAAGUGUUUGUUUUUCCAGUAUGGUAUCAGUUUAUUACUUGAUACUAGUGGGAAAAAGUGGCCUUUAUGUUGAGGAGCAAGCAUUUUCAGGAUUAUCCAGCGCCUUUAUAUGGCCUUUGUACAGUUUCCGAUACUGUACCCCAACAACUAAUUGGCACUGUCAGGAGGGUAUAUGCUAAUGCUAUGUUCAUGUCUUGUUGGAAUUACCACAAUUAUGAGAUGACAACUCUUAGCUAUUCAUAUACUCAGUUUCUAUGACAAAGCUUAUUGCAAAAAAAAAAAAAAAAAAAAGUUUUUAUAAAAUGAAGUAGUUCCAACCUUGGAAUUACAAAAGUUUCCAAAGGCCUUGAAUGGUUUCUAAUACUCCGAAUCCUGUAAUUAUGGUAAUUAUUUCAGGGUGUGAAUGCAACAUUAGUAAUAUGCAUAUGGCUAAUGCUAACGCUAAGAGAAGGGGUUGCUAAUUUCAGAAGAGGGUGUUGUUUGUAGCAUCCUUCCUGUGAAUAGACCCAACAAUCCUGGAAAUACUUGGUUUUCAUGUACUGUACAAGUGUUUUGCUAAGAGCUAGCAUGAAGAUGAGUGAAAAAGCUGCUUGUUCUUUGUAUGCAUGUUGAAAACUUGAUUCGUUUGAACUUGCUGAGAGGGGAUCAGGAGGAUGAAUGAAUGUGCAAGCCAUUUGCACAGCAGAGCAGUUCUUUACUGUAGUCUUGACCUGACACCGUUUGAAGCUGUAGCCUACCGUCCCAGUUCGUGGACGUUUAUUUAUUUACCACCGCUUUGUAUUGUUAGGGCGAGGACAAUGUGUGUGAGUAUUGUCAUCUCACAAUCAUUUAGUUUUUUUUUUUGUUUUUUUGGGUGUUUUAAUUUUUCAGGAGUGAAUGAGAUCAUACACAUUUAUUGCACAUCAAGCCUUUAAAGAUUACAGAAGACAUUUUAUGGGUGAAUCUCAUGAAAACAUGUCCAGGUCUCAUUUCAAAAGGAAACAAAAUGCAUUAAAAAAUAGCAUUUUACAUAAUUUAAGUAAUAUAUUAGGAUCAUUACCAUUUUUUACAACAAUUUUACCACCAUCAAAGGCGUGUUCUUAACAUUUUGCGAGAUUGACCUGUAUAAGUUCAACCUUUAAAUCCAGUACUUAAAAUCCAAGGUGAUCUUAUACAUCAUGUAGGCCUUUAUGAACUGUAUGACAAGGCAAGGAAGACUUGAGGAGAUUAUAUAUUGUAAGUUUGACUUACACAUUGGCCUUUUUAGUUUAUCUCACUAGGCCACAGUUUUAACCAGUCCUGAUAUUUAAGCAACAUUACAAGUCAACAGUGCACCUAAUUUUUAACGUACAAACCUUCAUUUAAACCCUGUGAAGACCAUCUUUCUUGCCUCUGUAUCCUUACUGUUCUUCCCUGUUGCAUUUUUAUAGUCCAUCCCUCUCUCAUCCCUCUUGAUUUAGAAUAUGAAUAAUGUUGAAGAAAAUUUUACUUAGAUGCUUUGUUGAAGCUGUUUUAUUUCACUUCUGUUUAACGUUAAAGACAAAGUAAUAAUUUGAAUGGUUACAUGAAAAAAAAUGGUGUCUUCAAAUAGUUAAAUGAGUUCUGUGAUGUUGCUAAAUUAUUUAAACGUAAGGAACCCAAGAAAUUUGUCAUUUUGCAGUGUGUGUGUGUGUGUAUGUGUAUGAGUGUGUGUGUUUGCACGUGUGCCAGAAAGAUUCAUGCUGAUUUGUCAGAUGAGCCAAUGUUUGUGACUGCAGUAUGGGGUCAUUAUAUUUCAAAAGGUGCUCUUAUUUUAGUUUUUACAUAUUCAUAUUAACACUAUAUGUAGAGUCUAUGUAGAGAGAGAGAGAAAAAAGAAAUGUUAAAAAUCCACAGUGGUUGUAAAUGCAAAUGUUGCUGUUAUCUCUCUGCUUCAAGUUUACUCACCGUUACAACACCCUUUAGUCUUGAGUAAAGGAGAAGCUUCAUUAUGUGAUUACAUUAACUAAAAUGCAGCGUGUGAGGCUACUCAUGAAUUUGUUAGCAUGGUUGCGCCCUCAUAUGACUUGGCAUUGUAAAGCUCCAAGCAUUAAGUUUGAUUCAGACCUAAAUCUGCAAUAGUUAAGUGUUUUGCAAAUGACCAAUCAAACAAGAAGGAUUUUGUUGCGUUUUAUACUGUUACUGUGUUUAAAAAAUGUUUUCUUACUUUACUUUUUGCCUCAUUGUAUGUUAGCAUGUCUCUUCGUCUCAGUUUACGGAAUGAUCUUGAUGUAUUGGCUACGUGUUUUGUCUUUUUUUUUUUUUUUGUGAUGAACAAAUGGAAAAAUAUGCCACCUCCACACAUUCCUGCACUCAAACUAGUUUUGUCUGUAGCAGUGUCUGAGCUAGAAACUGACAUAUCCUUAAAAAUGGUGGUCUAAGGGCCUGACCAAAACGUGGAAGAGUCAGUCUUGUUUGUUGUUCAUUAUUUUGAUGUAUGAACAUCCACCAGUCCAGUGGUCUAAAAACUAUUGGCUUUAAAAGGAGGCCUGAAUGUCGCACAUGCUAAUGUACCUGUAGCUGAAACGCUAAGUAUCUUUUAGUCAGAUAUAUUUUUGUUUUCCAUGUCACCUCCUGUUUAAGUACUCAGAUUUGAGACCACUACAAUAACUGAAAACCAAUUUACAUUAUGAUUGUAUGCGUUUAUGUUUGUUUGUGUGUGUGUUAGAGGCUUUAUUAAUAAGGCUGAAUGGAGUUGAAUUCUGCGCUGUAAGAGUGACUUAUGCUAACUGUUGCCUACAGAGGAGACAAAACAUACAAAGUUUUAUAUGAAAAUGUGAGUGAAAUAAAAUCUAAAAUGAAUA